AUGAGCUUCCACGAGACCGCUCGAGAAGUCCGCAUCGAAGACGACUACGUCCUCGUCGCCGAGCUUCGGAACGAUAAUGGCGACUAUGUCACUGCCCGUCUUAACCUCAACGAGGUCCUCGGAAACUUCAACGGCUCCUUCUCCUGGGGAGAAAGAGACUUCUCCAACAGUGCUUCCAACAUCUGGCUCCAGUUCGACGAGGCAACUAACCUGCCAAUUCUGCGAGCGACGUUGACCACUUCCAACGGUGAAGAGGUUGCCAGAGACGUUAACCUAGCAGAGCGUAUCACCAACAAGAACGGCUGCUUUGAGUUGCAAUAG